CCGCAACGGUGGUGAACGUGGUGUCGUCGCCUCUCACAACACCCCCCUCCCCCCUCCCCCUUUCAUCUGCCCUCCUUCGUCUCUCGAUCUGACACACCAAGCGCAACAGGAACGAUGCUGCCUCUGUAUGAUGAUGAGGACAAGGUCCAUGGCAGGCGUAGCAGCUGGUGGUGCAACUGCUCAUGUUCCUGCAGGCAAAUAUGGAGCGAUCCGGAAUCAAGGAACAUCUUCUUGUUUCUCCUCAUCAAUUUGACCUUUGCCUUUGUUGAGCUCUUCUACGGCAUCGUCACCAACAGCUUAGGCCUGAUCUCAGACUCCUUUCACAUGUUCUUCGACUGCACGGCCCUUGUGGCUGGCCUCGUCGCUUCUGUCGUCGCAAAGCGUCCCCCAAACGAGCGCUUCUCCUUCGGGUAUCAGCGUGCCGAGGUGAUGGGCGGAUUCGUGAACGCGCUCUUCCUCGUCUUUGUCGCGUUCUUUGUCCUCAAGGAAGCGCUCGAGCGCUUCUUUGAUCCGCCACACGUGCACUCCCACCGGCUGCUGCCCGUUGCCAUUGCGGGCCUCGUUGUGAACCUGAUUGGCAUCGUUGCGUUUCAGCACUCGCACUCGCACGGCCAUUCGCAUGGCGACGAUCACGGCCACAGUCACGGCCACGGUCACUCGCACAACCACUCCCACUCGCACGGCCAUGCACACGGGCACGCACACGGCGAGGACAAGCCGUCCCGCAGCUUCGUCUUGGAUGGUGUGCUGCUGCACAUUAUGGCAGACACGCUGGGCAGCGUGGGCGUGAUCGCAUCAUCACUGCUCAUCCACCACUUUGGCUGGAUGAUUGCCGAUCCCAUCUGCUCCAUCUUCAUCUCGGUCCUCAUCUUCGUCAGCACGUGGCCGCUUCUUCGUGACUCUGGCGCAAUUCUCAUGCAGCGCACGCCCGCCCACCUCGAAUCAAAGCUCUACACCUGCUACAGACGGGUGAACCACAUCGAUGGCGUCAUCAGCUACCGCGACCCGCACUUCUGGUGCCUCUCCCCGAGUUACAUUGUUGGAUCGCUCUCUGUUGUCAUCAAAUCGGAGGGGAACGACUCUGCCGUCAGGAACGAAGUCCUGCGCAUCUUCAAUGACGUGGGCGUGACGAAGAUGGUGGUGCAGGUUGAGAGGUUCUAGGAAAUUGAGGAUCAAUGACACCUCGGAAGCCACGCACAAGACAAAGGCCAUUUUUCGAGUCAUGUGAUGUUGGAAGUGUUGGAUUUGUGUGCUGCUGCUGUGGCCUCACCCGCGGCAGCAGCGGUUUUCUUUUUGUCUCUCGUGUUUUGUUCAUUUCAUGCACAAGUACCUCCGUUGUCAUAUCUCGUGUACAUAUGUAUGGCAUUUUCAUCACCAUGCUGCAAUUAGAACUCCAUGGACUGAACAGAACAACGU